CAAACCACCAUCACCCUCCGGAGCGUCGCAGCGAUCCCACCCUCAUUCUCCCCUUUACCCGUCCAUGGCGGAGCGCGGCGGCGAGCGUGGCGGCGAGCGCGGCGGGUUUGGCCGCGGCUUCGGUCGCGGCGGGCGCGGCGACCGUGGCGGACGCCGAGGCGGCCGUCGCGGCCCGCGUCAGGAGGAAGAGAAGUGGGUCCCCGUUACGAAGCUCGGCCGCCUCGUCAAGGAGAACAGGAUCACCAAGAUCGAGGAGAUCUACCUCCACUCGCUCCCCGUCAAGGAGCACCAGAUCAUCGAGACCCUCGUGCCGGGGCUCAAGGACGAGGUGAUGAAGAUCACGCCCGUUCAGAAGCAGACCCGCGCCGGACAGCGCACCCGCUUCAAGGCCUUUGUCGUCGUGGGCGACUGCGACGGCCACGUCGGCCUGGGAGUCAAGUGCGCCAAGGAGGUGGCUACCGCCAUCCGCGGCGCCAUCAUCCUCGCCAAGCUCUCCGUUGUUCCCGUCAGGAGAGGCUACUGGGGAAACAAGAUUGGGCAGCCACACACCGUGCCCUGCAAGGUCACCGGCAAGUGCGGGUCCGUCACCGUGCGCAUGGUGCCUGCGCCCAGGGGUUCUGGCAUCGUCGCCGCGCGCGUGCCCAAGAAGGUGCUGCAGUUCGCUGGCAUUGAGGAUGUCUUCACCUCGUCCCGUGGCUCCACUAAGACCCUUGGCAACUUCGUCAAGGCAACCUUCGACUGCCUCAUGAAGACCUACGGCUUCCUUACUCCUGAAUUCUGGAGUCAGACCAAGUUCUCCAUGACUCCGUUCCAGCAGUACACGGACCUGCUGGCGAAGCCCACCAAGGGUCUUGUGCUUGAGGCCCCAACUGAGACAGUAGAGGCUUAGGAUGGUUUGUGCUGUCUAAAUGCACUUUCUAUGUUAUAGUUAAGAACUGUUGUCAACUUUCAAAAAAAAACUUUGGGUUUUGUUUUGCCCUGGAUGUUCUUUGUUGUCAAGUUUUGGAUAUAACAGUACUCUUUUUUAAUCAGUGAAUGCUACAUAAUCAUCUCAAAAAUCUCAUGAUAGUCUUUUUUUCACGGUGAAGGCUUUCGGAAUUUGGAAGCUGGUGGCCUGGUGUUUGUUGAGUUAGGUUUGCUGUCAAGUGUCUUGGUGGUGUGAAUCUGGUGCGUGGCCUUGCUAAAUUGGUAUCCAACGUUCAAACAGACGAACCAGGUUCACAGAAAUAUAUCGGCAUGUUUGGAGAGAAUCUGUGAUUACGUGAAGGAAGAUAAAGAUAUCCAUCGUGUUCAGGAUUUAGAUAAUGAUGGAUCCUAUUACUGUAAUGGCUUGAUCGAUUAUAUGUUUUUGUUGAUUU